AAUACACAAAACAAAUAGAAUUUUUAUAUGAAUAAUUAUAACAAUAAUUUUGAUGUGAAUAAAUAAUACACUCAUAAAAGAAAUAAUUUAGCUGUCUAUAGUUUGGUUACCUUUUGAAGUGUUUUAUUGAUAAGAUAUAAACCAAUUAUUAAACAGAGAUAUCAACAAUAACAAAAAGUAAAUAAAAUAAAAUUGAAUUCAAAGAGGGCCCAACCAACAAUAGCACUCAAUAGUAUCAGGCCGUCGUCAUUUAAAGUUUUCAAUUUGACACUCAUAACGUUUUAAUAAACUGAACGGUUAACAAGCAUAAAACGGUUAAUUGAUAAAUACAUGGUUAAGAGUAAAUGGUGUUAUUUAUAAGCUAAUUAGUUAUUAUUUGCUAAAAAUCGUACCCAUAAACACCUAAAUAGUAUACACAAUCAUUACAAAAUUAAAAAAAAACAAACAAUAAUCAAAAAUAGCAUUCCUAAAUUUGUAAAUAUGAAUACGAUUGAAGAAAGCACUGAAAUCUCCCAAACGCAGGGAGAACAACUCAAUGGCAAAACUUCAACGAUAACAACUAAAAAAAUUACCACUAGUUCUUCCAGUUCCCACAAUUCGACAACAUCAGCCACUAACGGUGCUGCCUCACCAACAAAUGGUUCUCCUACCUCUCCUGUAAACGGCCUAAGUACUUCUUCAUCCGAGGAUUAUUUGGAAGAUUUGAAAAUCAUUGGUCAUCUCAAAAACAUUGAGAAACUAAAUGAAAAACGUCGAAUCUUCUUAUCGAACUCCCUAACGUCCGAAUAUCAAAGUGAUGAAAAAUCUGAAACGCAAACAAAGCAAACCGAAAACGGUGCUGACGUUGGCGAUGUACAGUAUUCAGCGUACAACGAGAAAAGAACUUUGUUGCAAGAACAAAAGAUCGACAACAACAACAAGUCUGAAGUGGAUACGCUAUUAUUACAAAAAUAUGCAACUCUUCCACUAAAGACGCCGCGUUCGCCUAUGACACCACCACCUAAACCUCCCAUGCUAAGUCGUACACGUAGCAUUGGUGUAGGUGAUAGUCUCUCGUAUAAUUCUUCUCUAGCGUCUCCUCCUCCAACGCCAAAGUUUGCGCCUCCACCGACGCCCAAUUCGACUUUAACAACUACCAAUAUCCAGAUCCAACCAACCGCAAGUACAAUUGUAACGUCAACCAAACUGGCGGAACCUGUAAAAGUUACCUGCAUUCAAUUGAACGACACGGCUAAACUCAAUGACACCAUGGACAUUGAAGGCGAUGCUGUGGUCUUAAGAUCGAGUCUGAUGCCCGAGAAUAUGAAUGGACCAUCGAUAACAUCGUCUCCAUCAUCGUCUAAGGAAAUAUCUACUAAACAUUAUGAGCGCAUCAUUGAAGAGCUCAAGUGUCCGGGCUGUGCUUAUCCCAUGAAGUCGCCGGUGUAUUUGUGUAAAACUGGUCACAGUGUUUGUGAUCAAUGUACAAGGAUUUUAUUGCUGUGUCCACUGUGUAAGGAAGGCUUCACCAAUAUACGAUCUCUGACAGUAGAGGCUUUAUGCUCCAAGGCCCAUUUCAAAUGUCAAAAUGCCUCUGGCGGCUGUACGGUGCGCUUGCAAAUUGAUUUACUGUCUUGGCAUGAGAAACAAUGCAUUUACAAGCCCAUGAAGUGUUUCAUGGGCCGUGUUUGGGGUGAUUGCCUGUGGAAUGGACGAGAGGCAUUUUGGAAAGAUCAUUUGGAUGAAGAGCAUUCAAGUAAAGUUUUUACCAGCCCAACAGUGGAUCUGGUAUGGGAUAUGACUGGCAAACAGAAACCCUUGUCCGGUUACUAUGUAUUCCAAGUGUUUAAUGAAAUGUUCAAUUUCUAUGAGGUGUACGACAAGGAAAGAAUACUCUUCACAAUGACUUGUACUUCGACGCAAAAGGAGAAGAAACAUCAAUUUGCCUUCGAGGUAACUUUGAUAAGUGAGGACAAUGAAGCUUUGUCGAUAACACAAAAAUUCCCGGUGCACAGUGAAUAUGACAAGGACAUUUUGGCUGAAGGCACCUGCAUUAGUUUUCUCUUAACGGAUUUGGCUAAAUUUUUAGAUGAGGACAGGUUAUUGCAUUAUCGUGUGCGAGUUUUAGAAGUUAAAUCUCCUAGAAGAUCUCGUGCCUUACGUGCCAUUAGCCCUGACAAUGGCAACCAUCCCAUAGACUUUCAAUUGACUCAAAUUCAGGGUGUGAAUUUAAAAAAGGUACCCUCAGAUGUUAUACUUACCAGACGUCUCGAUGACAUACCAUUCGCCGAUACUGCUUCCACGGUGGCCAGCACCAACGAGGCAACGUCCGAAGAUGAAAUGGAUAAAAUGAAACGUGAAUAUUAUCAAUCAGUUGAGGCCAAAAAGAAACGUGACAGUGAUGACUCUGAUACAGAUCCAGAAUUUGAAGCAUUCAUUGCCAAAAAAUGGGGUACACCUCAGUUACAUUUCAAUCGUAAAUACCUUAAACCAAAUGCUACAUCAAGUGAUGGUUCUUCCAGUGAAGAGCAUCCCCUAUCGCCCAGAAGUCCAACCGCCGCUGAUAAAAUCUCUAUAACAAGUGUCAGUUAUAAGAAACGUGUAUCGAAUACACUGCGUAAAAGUUUUCGUUCUUUAAAGUCGGAUUUAAUUGAAAUGAAACCAUUUGGUAAGAAAUCUUCUCCAGAGAAAAGAAUCACUGAGUGAACGAAGAACAUAUCUGUUAUUCUUUUCAUAUUAUUAUGUUGUUAUUAUAUACGUAUGUAUGUAUGUUUGUAUUUUAUAAUUUAAGACUCCAAGCCAUGUAUUUAUAUUAUUAUUUAAAAAAAAUGAAUUUUAAGACACCAAGCAAUAUUUUUCCAAUGAUUUUACGUUAAUAAAUGGUUGUUAUAAUAAAUAUUACUAGAAAUUAAAA